AUGUCAAUGAAAUAUGAAGACCUACAGCCCUUUGAGAGUGAGAAGAAAAGCCAGGGUCCACCUCCUCUCAGAGCCUUCCUGCAGCGUCUCUGCUCUGGACCCUUCCCCCUCCUGCUCUCCCUGGGCUUCAGCCUCUUCCUGUUGGUCGAUAUCUGCAUAAUUGGAUCCAAAAAUGCCAAGAUUCAGAGGGACCUGGAGACUCUGAGAGCAACUUUCAGCAACUUCACUUCCAACACGGUGACUGAGGUCUCGGCGCUGCACUCCCAGGAUGGCAGUUUGCAAGAAACAAUAGCAUCUCUGAAAGCUGUGGUGGAAAACCGGGAGCAGGAACUGCAAGCAGCCCAUAGCUUGAACGACAAGGUGGUUUCUCUGGAGAGCAAGCUGGAGAAAGAGCAGCAGGAACUCCAAGCAGGUUAUUCUGAAAUGCGCCUGCGAGUCGAGCAACUGACCAAAGACCUGAGCUCCCUGAAUUUCCAGAUGGCUGCUCUCAAGAGCAAUGGCUCUCAAAAUACCUGCUGCCCCGUCCACUGGCUGGAGCAUGACGGCAGCUGCUACUGGUUCUCCCGCUCCGGGCUGACCUGGCCCGAGGCCGAGCGGUACUGCCAGCUGGAGGACAGCCACCUGGUCACCAUCAACUCCAGAGAGGAGCAGCGCUUUGCCUGA